AUGAAGACAAAUACGGGCGAGUCAAGCAAUGGUCAAGGGAGCCAGCAUCCUUCUACUUUUGCUUGCGGAAAUACUCUUGCAUAUGUUCCAGUUAUUUUGCCCGGCAGCUAUUCUUUUCUCUUCUUCUCAUCUAAACUCGUUCCCCCUCUUCUAACGCAUGCUUGUUGCGACCCGAGUCAUCUUCUCCUUCCUAUUUGUAUUGUAUUUAAUCUUUUCACACUAGCAGAUGAGCCCCUUGGUAGGGGAUCAGGAAGACCUGAAUCAGCCAUAACUUUUCCUUUUCUUCUUCUUACUGCUUUCAUGUUUACACACAUUCGGAUAUUCGACUGUACGCAAGACUGUCGACGUAUGACCGGCACUAUUGUUGGAACACAUCUCCCGUUAUGGUAA